UAUGUUAAUAGUUCUGAGAGUACCCUAUGAAAACGUCGUAUGUGUGUUGCAGAAUCGAGGGGCCGACGUAAAUCCGAGAAGGGAAGGGGAAUAUCGGUCAAUGAAAGAUUGUCUGCUGAGGCGGCUGGGAACGUCAACAUCAUGGUAGCUCAACAGAAAAACCUUGAGGGAUAUGUGGGUUUUGCAAAUCUCCCAAAUCAAGUAUACAGAAAGUCUGUGAAAAGGGGGUUUGAGUUCACACUGAUGGUAGUAGGUGAAUCUGGGCUUGGAAAGUCAACAUUGAUCAACUCCUUGUUUCUGACAGACUUGUACUCGGCAGAGUAUCCUGGUCCCUCACACAGAAUCAAAAAGACUGUACAGGUGGAACAGUCCAAAGUUUUAAUAAAAGAAGGCGGGGUCCAGUUACUACUUACAAUAGUAGAUACACCUGGAUUUGGAGAUGCUGUGGACAACAGUAACUGCUGGCAGCCUGUCAUCGAUCACAUUGAUAGUAAGUUUGAGGAUUACCUGAAUGCAGAGUCUCGUGUUAACAGACGUCAGAUGCCAGAUAACAGAGUGCAUUGCUGCUUAUACUUCAUUGCACCUUCAGGUCAUGGGCUAAAACCCUUGGAUAUUGAGUUCAUGAAACGAUUACAUGAAAAAGUUAAUAUUAUCCCACUCAUUGCCAAAGCUGAUACACUCACGCCAGAAGAGUGCCAACAGUUUAAGAAGCAGAUAAUGAAAGAGAUCCAGGAAAAUAAAAUCAGAAUAUAUGAGUUUCCAGAGAUGGAUGAUGAAGAGGAAAACAAGUUAGUUAAAAAGAUCACGGAUCGUUUACCACUGGCAGUAGUGGGUAGCAAUACUGUCAUAGAAGUCAGUGGCAAACGAGUCAGAGGAAGGCAGUACCCCUGGGGAGUUGCAGAAGUUGAAAACAGUGAGCACUGUGACUUCACAAUUCUACGAAACAUGCUGAUCAGAACCCACAUGCAGGAUCUGAAAGAUGUUACCAACAACGUUCACUAUGAGAACUACAGGAGCAGAAAGCUGGCAGCUGUGACAUACAAUGGUGUGGAUAACAACAGAAACAAAGGACAGCUCACCAAAUAUGACACAGUUGAAGGCAUAAGCCCUCUUGCCCAGAUGGAGGAGGAGAGGAGAGAACAUGUGACUAAGAUGAAAAAGAUGGAGAUGGAAAUGGAGCAGGUCUUUGAUAUGAAAGUCAAGGAGAAGAUUCAGAAACUGAAAGACUCUGAGGCAGAGCUUCAGCGACGCAAUGAGCAGAUGAAGAAAAACUUGGAAGCCCAGCACAAGGAAUUGGAGGAGAAGCGCCGCCAGUACGAGGACGAGAAAAUGAACUGGGAGGCACAACAGCGCAUAUUGGAGCAGCAGAAGCUAGAUGUUUCCAGGACCUUGGAAAAGAACAAAAAGAAGGGGAAGAUCUUUUAAAGCAUUUAAGGACCACCGAUCUAUGAUGUACUAGUUGUCAAUUUGCCAGCCUGGACAGCCAGUGUUUAUUUUGGUUUCUUCAGCCAACCAAUGCAUUCUUUAUAUCCAGAAUGUUGGAUGCAUCAGCAUGCCAAACAGCCAGUCCAAUACUGUCUAAUAUGAACUGUAUUUUAUUUUGGUAGUAUAUUGAUAAUGUAUCAUUUUAUGAUGAAAUGCUGAAUUCUGAGUUUUUUCUUCUUUUUUUUUUUAUGCAGAUGAGAUGUUUUAAUAUUGUACAAUCUUGUUCUGGUGGUUGAUUGUUUACAGAAAAAAAAUACUUGUUCUUCCAUUAUGUCAAAAACUUCAGAAGGUCUUUUUGAAGAAGUGCCAUAAUGUUUUCUUUUGUCUAUGCUUUAAAUGUAACCCAUAAACCUAUAUAACACAAAAUUCAUAUAACACAAAAUAGCCUAAUCUAACAAGACCUAUGAAGAUGAUGUAUCUUUUUACUUUUAAACCUUGAAGAUAAAUGUGCAUAAGUUAAAGCCCAAGAAGAAUCUUUGACUUUGUUUGUUUGUUUGUUUGUAUAACAUUUCUGGGGGGGCAUGGUCCAUAAAUGUAUGCAUUUCCCAUCUCGUAAAUAAAAUAAUCUAGACAAGAUACAAUGUAUUAUUUUUACUUCAUUUCACUUCACAACAUUUACAAUUGCCCUCCAUAUAUUGGCCCUGCAAAAUAUUGUUUUGUAUGUUAAAAAAUUAUGGGAAUUAUACUUAUUUACUUUUUACCUGUAAAAAUCACUGCUUUAGGUAGCAAUAAGGUUAAUAAUUAACAUCUGUACAUUUGUCUGCAUCUCAUUACAUGCAUUGGGUACCCUGGCUUCUAAAAGUAUGACAUUUCAAAUUUAACUAUAUUCCUGUCCUGCUUCUCUGUAUUUUGUUUUUGUUUGUAUUGUACAAAGUCACAUAAUAAACAAAGUUGUGAUGAUGUAAA